ACUCCUUUUAAUUAAAUAUCAUUAACACUUUAUUUUUCUUAUAAUAAUAAGUAAACAAUACUCCAUUAUUUUAGCAAAAAUUCUUUGAAGAAUGAAAUCAUUCAGCUAAUAUGAUCAUUCCAUUUCCAUUAAUUCAUUGAAAUUUAUCAAGUCAAUCCACCAACGUGCAUGCUCAUAACCUUGUUGAAGAGUAGGGCCUGUUAGAUUGCUAUUUGUAAGGUAAUUGAUGAUCAGCUGACUAAACCCCCCAAGUCAGUCUCAACAAAAAUGUGGAAGUUAAACGAAUCCAUUUUGGGGGAAAAUGAAGAGCAACAAGAUAAUCUGUUUGGUGAUCAAGAAGCUCUCUGCUCUCUUUCCCCUUUACAGAGAAUCUAUGGUUUCGCAGCCUGUCUGGUCGCCGGCUUGAUUUUAAUGCUCCUGUCGAUGAUUGUGUUCGUCAAGCCCAUCAAGUUUGCCUUGUUAUUUACUUUUGGCAACAUGUUGGCCAUUGGAAGCACAGCUUUUCUCAUUGGACCUGUGCAGCAAAUUUCAAUGAUGAUGGAUCCUGUUCGUGUCUAUGCCACAUCAAUUUAUGCCGGAUGUGUUGUUUUAGCUCUCAUUUGUGCACUCUUGAUCCACAGUAAGAUUUUGACACUACUUGCAAUCAUAUGCGAGAUCUGUGCCCUUAUUUGGUACAGUUUAAGUUAUAUUCCUUUUGCCCGUAGAAUGGUUUCAAAUGUCACUAUCCGCCUAUUUGACACCGAAAUCUAGUGGAUUCGAUGCUGAAGCAACAUCACUCCAGUAUAUUUUUCAGUGCUGGACUCCAGUCUACUCGACUUGGAAGAGCUGCUUCCCCCGUUUGAUUAUUUUGAAGAAAUUGAUAAUUCUUUCUUGUUUCCCUUUGAUGACAAAGGAAUUCCAGCUUUCAGUGAAGUGUGAAUAAUUCGUUUGGACUGUUAACUUUUAUGCUGAGAUCGGUGGUAUCAUCUGGUUUCUUUUGAUUUCGGGAAGUUUUGGUUGCUUUCUUCUUGUGCGCUGCCCUACUCAACUCAUAGUCGCCCCAUGCCAUGAUUGACAAAUGACUUCAUCCCUCUCCCUCACACAACAAAUUUAAAACCAUUGUCGAAACAAAUCACACUCGAUGUAUAUCUUCUCUAGUUUGUUUUAGUCUUUCAAGUUCUGUUACUUUUCGCAUUGUGAGUAAAUAUAUCUGUUCUUUCCUA